CCCCUCUCCCUUCCUCUACUUCCUCUCUCGCGCAGCGACGCUCUUCUUUCUCGCCUUCCUUUCUCUCUCUCUCUGUCUCUCUCCGCUCUAAACCCUAACUUAGUUUCCUUGGAGAUCGAGGAGGAGGAGAGGUUGAAGUGGGAAGCCCUAGGGAAGAGAGAGAGAGAGAGAGAGAGAUCGAGGCGGCUGCCGAUGGCGGACAACCGGCCGCCGCAGCGGCGGGCCCGGCCCGGGCCUUGGCCACCGGCUGCAGAAGCGGGGACGGCCGCGGGGGCUCCUGCUCCGGCUCCGGCGCCGCUAUCCUGGGCGAAGAGGACCGGGUUCAAGGGAAGGGUCUCCGGGGAAUCCAACGCGAGUAACUCCGGCCAGAUUGCGCUACCGAAGCCCAAAGAGCCGGGAUCGGACCUGGAUCUGGAGGCGGGGCGUAGGGGCCACGCAGCCAGUGCCCUUCCGGCGCCUCCUGUCCCGGCCGCUGCCAAUGGGGAGCCUGACAACAUGGCCGGAGGAGGAGUAGGAGGAGGUGGAGCAGCCCCGUUGCCGGCUGAUCAGACGGCGAGGAGCAGGAGGGAUUCCGAUGGUGGAAACAAGAAUGCAGGUUUGGGGCCCAAUGGACAGGCAGUACGGUCUGACCAGCCAUUGAGGCAACGGAGGGAGCAGGAGACAGCCACGCUGCCUCAGCUAGAGGAGGAAGAGGGGGGCUUUUCGUUGAGACGGGUUCAUAUCAAGUAUGAGCUGAGGGAUAGUCCCGGUCUCGUGCCCAUAUUCUUUUAUGGUAUUCAACAGUAUCUGUCAAUAAUGGGUUCCUUGAUUCUUAUACCACUGGUUAUAGUUCCAGCAAUGGGUGGCACUCAUGAAGAUAUUUCAGCUGUGGUGUCGACUGUGUUCUUCAUCUCAGGUGUGACAACAUUGUUGCACACAUUCUUUGGAACCAGGCUACCACUAAUACAGGGUCCUUCUUUUGUGUAUCUGGCUCCAGCCUUAGCAAUAAUAAACUCACCAGACUUUCAAGGUCUUAAUGAGAAUAAUUUUAAGCAUAUUAUGAAGGAGCUACAGGGAGCUUUAAUAAUAUCUUCUGCAUUUCAAGCUAUAAUGGGGUAUACUGGAAUGAUGUCAUUGCUUUUAAGGUUGAUCAAUCCAGUCGUUGUAUCUCCCACCAUUGCAGCAGUUGGACUUUCUUUUUUUAGUUAUGGCUUUACUCAAGUAGGAAAUUGCCUGGAAAUUGGUAUGGUGCAGAUAUUGCUGGUUGUCGUUUUUUCACUUUAUCUUAGGAAGAUACGCAUAUUUGGUCAUCGAAUAUUUUUAAUUUAUGCGGUUCCCUUGGGUCUGGGAAUCACAUGGGCCAUUGCAUUUCUUCUCACAGCAUCUGGUGUAUAUAGCUACGGAGGUUGUGAUAUUCAUAUUCCUGCAUCAAAUACUCUAUCAGAAUACUGCAGAAAGCAUGUGCCAAGGAUGAAACACUGUCGUGUUGAUACUUCUCAUGCCUUAAGAUCUUCACCAUGGUUUCGACUUCCUUAUCCAUUGCAAUGGGGCACUCCUGUUUUCAAUUGGAAAAUGGCCAUUGUAAUGUGUGUAAUAUCCAUUAUUGCAACUGUUGACUCGGUCGGCACAUACCACGCAUCAUCUUUGUUGGUAGCAUCAAGACCUCCAACAGCGGGAGUUCUCAGCAGGGGUAUUGGUAUGGAAGGCAUUUCUAGCAUUUUCGCUGGUCUUUGGGGUACAGGAGUUGGUUCAACAACUCUUACAGAAAAUGUUCACACUAUUGCUGUCACUAAAAUGGGCAGUCGCAGAGCAGUUGAACUGGGUGCUGUAAUGUUAAUACUUUUAUCUUUUGUUGGUAAAGUCGGAGGCUUUAUUGCUUCUAUCCCUGAUGUCAUGGUUGCUGGUCUUCUUUGCUUUAUGUGGGCCAUGCUUGCUGCUUUGGGCUUGUCAAACCUACGUUACAGUGAGACAGGAAGCUCCAGAAAUAAUAUCAUAGUUGGACUCUCUUUGUUUUUUUCCUUAUCUGUGCCUGCUUACUUCCAGCAAUAUGGCCUUGUUCCGAAUGCAAAUUCAUCUGUGCCAAGUUACUUCCAACCAUAUAUCGUGGCAUCACAUGGGCCUUUUCAUACCGGAUAUAAAGGGAUAAAUUUUGUCUUAAACACGCUGUUCUCAUUCAACAUGGUGAUAGCAUUUCUUGUUGCUGUGGUUCUCGAUAAUACUGUUCCUGGUAGUCGGCAAGAACGAGGGGUGUAUGUUUGGUCUGAACUAGAGGCAGCAAGGAGGGAACCAGCUGUCACGAGAGACUAUGAGCUGCCUUUCAAAGUUGGUAAAAUAUUCAGAUGGGUGAAAUGGGUUGGCCUAUAAAUGUGUCAUCUAAUAGGAGCAGCCUAUCCAGGAGACACCAUGACCAGAUAUUUUAUUCAUGCAAGCCAAGCACAGGAGGUCAUCUCACAAUUUGUACUGUUUCUCCAAUCUGACAUGAAUGUCUGAUGAGUUGCCUGUUCGAGGACCAAGAUGAGUAUGCGCUUUGUGGUUUGUUUGCACUUCCAAGAUACCAAUUUCUUGUAAUUUAUAUAGCAGAUUUUAAAUUAAACAGCACGUGUUCCGUGGAUUUUUGUGAUCCAUGAGGUAUGAUUAGAUUUUGUUUGAGUGUUAGGUCCAAGAGUUUGUGAAUGAGUUUUUGUACAGUUAAUACACGUGUGGUAUCCAUGACUUUCUAAAAGCAUGACCUGUCUUAUAUCUGUUGUUUUUUUGCUUUUUUCUAGUUGUAUACUGUUAAUUCUAUGGGUGUGCAAAUCUUUUGUUGAUCUUACUUUUAUGUGCAGAAAGGAUAACUGCACAUUAGAGGGCAACUGGGAUACAGGAGAAUGUUGAAGAAUAUAGGUAUCAUUGUUCAACAUCACAGCAGUCAUGGCGGAUGAAAGGCUCCUAGUGGGGCAGGUCUUUUUUUGUCAGUUUCAAUGUAUGUUCUGAUCCUUUUGAAUCCGAAGAGCCGGUAGAAGUUAUGCAGGAAAAUGUUGCACACAUUAUAUCAACGCAACUGUCUGAUGGCAGAUUGUUUAUAAAGAGUGUAAAGCAAUGUCAUUUUGCUUGAGUUAUGUUUUUAUUUCAACAGAGUUAGAAUUUGAUGAAAUAAUAUAUUGAUUGACACCAUUAUCGGGCUGAUGGUUUUCUUUUUUUUGUCCUUUAAGCAGCUGCAGGCCACAAAGUCUUAUCCGGUGAUUCUUGCUUGAUUGGAUUCUGAUCGCACGGAGUUGCUCAGGUAAUUCUGGUGCCAUAAUUUUUCUUCCUAUGUUAUGCUAAACAUGUGUCGUUUUUGGCUCACCAAUAAAGGUGUGCCUUGUUUAGUGGUUUCAUUAGCACUAAAUAGUUGUAAUUCGCAUAUAGAGAGCAUAAAUAUUGUGCAUGAUGUGCUUUAAUCGGGUCAUCGGGAAAUGAAAAUAUUUAUAGGAACAGCAGAGGCAAUAUAACAAGAAUUCAGCUAGGAAAUGAAUGGGAUAGAGGAGAUUUUUUUUCCCUAUCUAGAUAUAAUUUCACUUGGUUUAGAUAAUCCAAUGUGUUGAAUUGGGUGCAAUUCUUCAAUGUGUACAUGUGUUCCCUUUGGGUUGGUAUUCA